AUGUCCUCGCCAAACGGUCUGAUUUGCUUCACCAACUGCCUCCUCGCGCUCGAGGAUGGCACACUCGCCGAGAAAGAUCUCUGGAUCGAUGAGCGGCGCGGCGUGAUCCUGGAUGCACAUCGAACAUUCUUUCAGAGGAAGGAACGACCGGACAAGAUCAUUGACUUGGGCGGCAACGUGUUGAGUCCAGGCUUGAUUGAUAUCCAAAUCAACGGCGCUUAUGGCUUCGACUUUUCCGUUUACGAUGGCGAUGAUGAAUCGUACCUCACCGGGCUCCGCAAAGUUGCGAAGAGCAUCGUCGAGACGGGCGUGACAUCACUUGUCCCGACAAUCAUCACCCAAGAGAAGUCUCUCUACCCGAAGCUUCUGCACCUUCUGCGACCUCUGUCGUCCCCUGGCUCCGCCACCCUCCUCGGAUGGCAUGCAGAAGGUCCAUUCCUGCAGAUGGCAAAGCGUGGCGCGCAUACACCUUCACUCAUUCAGCCCGCAAAGGGCGGCUUCCGUUCCUUCGAGGAGAUAUACGGUCCGGAGAACCUUGCGGACAGCGAAGACUGGUUGAUGAGCGGCGAACAUGAUGGACUCGGUGUCCGUAUCAUCACUGCAGCCCCGGAGAUCGAGGGAGUGAUGGAGAGCAUCGAUGAGCUGGGUGGCAGAGGCGUCGUGUUCUCUAUUGGGCACAGUAUCGCGACUACCGAUAUCGCAACAGCUGCCGUCUACCAUGGUGCACGCCUCAUUACCCACUUAUUCAACGCCAUGCCCCAGCUGCACCACCGUGACCCUUCCAUCAUCGGUCUCCUCGGAUCAUCGCCAUUCCUCUCGUCCAAGUUCUCCGUCCAUCCUCCCCCCUUCCCCAGUUCCUCUCGGUUACCUUCGAAGCCCACCUCGCCGGAUCUCAAGGCAGAAGCUUUGAACGAACUGGAGACGCCGCCGCAAACACCUUUGCUUGCUGCGAGCCCAAAAAACGCGCCGCCGCCGCUCGCCCUCGAGCCAAGUAAAGAAGGAGGAAAGCCGAAGAAGGAGAAGAUUCCUUUCGCGAGGCCGUUCUAUGAGUUGAUUGUCGACGGCGUGCAUUCCCACCCCAACUCCGUGCGAUUGGCCUACUCUUCGUACCCCGAAGGAUGCAUCCUGAUCACGGACGCCAUGAAGAUCCUUGACCCGCACCUCCAUGACGGCGUACACGAAUGGCGCGACGGCCAGCGUUUCGUCAAGCAGGGGUACAAGCUCUUCCUCGAGGGCACGGACACGCUCGCCGGCAGUGUGGUCACCCUCGACGUGUGCGUGCGCAACUUCUCCAAGUUUACCGGGUGCUCGCUCGGUGAGGCGCUCAAGUGCGCGACGUACAACCCUGCCAAGUGCCUCGGCAUCGAAAACAAGAAGGGCACGUUACGCCCAGGCGCGGAUGCCGACUUCGCCGUCAUGGACCGGUUCGGGAAUGUCCUUUCGACUUGGGUCAAGGGAAAACAGGCGUGGGCUAAGUCGACGAUUGCAUAAGCACCUCUGAGAUCUUAUACCUGCAUCGCAUGAAGGGACGACAUGGAUCACCAUCUAUAUGUUGUGUUAUAGAUAUUCUAUCGAAGACACGAACCUGUACAACGGACAGUGAAUCAAUACCAUUCACUCAUGAGCCGGAUUGUGGCGCUUCGUAGAGAGAAAUGUGUACGCAUAGUUAACUGUCCGCAAAAUAAGUCAUCCCAAAGUUAUCUACGAGGUUUAGUAAUACAUCAUGCAAUUAUUGCGGGUGUGCCAUUCCAUCGUAGAACGGGUCGCAUAAGCAUUCAUAUUGAUCGGUAAUGCGUCGCGCCUGGAUCCGUCGUCGGUAUAGGAUCAUAGAUCGGUUACUGUGAUGGUGCACCUGAGGACGUCGACGGGCUGGCGGUUUUGUCGGUACCGAAUAAACCCGAAGCCCGCAUGACCUCCGUCGCGGCGUCCUUGACCUUCUGCACCGUGCCCUCUUCUUUAGAGCCCGCAUUCCGAUCGGUUCCCGCCGAGGCAAUGCUCGACGUCGAGGCAGAGAUGGACAUGCCAUCCCCGUCUUGGUACAAGCCAUGCUGUUCAAUGUACUCCACCACGGGUCCGGGGAUAAGGUAGCGAACGCUUAGGCCGCGCCUCAAGAACAGGCGAACCUUGGUUGACGAGACGUCGUUUUGGAUAAGCUGGGAGAUGAGAUGGAUAUUGUUCCGCCAUUUUGCGAGAUGCUCAAUGGCCUGAUCCAUGUCGUUCCCGGCACGCUCCACGAUGAACGUGCCGUACCGUCCCAAUAUAUGGUCCAGCUAACGGACAGCAUCAAGAAUAAGGCUUCCGUUUAGCAGGGGGUUACGCAUUCACGGAAAGAAUGGGCCGCACAUCUGCUUCGGACCAUACGCCAGGCUCGGACAUGGUCGCGAUGAGGUCGCUGCCCGCGAGCAGCAUGACCCGCACCGGGCGGUGUUCGCCUGAGGCUGUCUGCGCGCCUCCGAGAACGGUGUUGAUCUCGUGAUCGAAGUGGUCGAGCACGACGGCCGUUCGUUGGUACGAUUGAAAGGCUUCCCAAGGGUCAACCAUGAGCCAGUUCGAGGUCUGCUCCGUCGCCAGUUCGCACAUGGUCACCCGGUGAUGGGCAGAGAGGAGACCAGGCUUCUUGUACAUGUCACUGACGGGCGAGAGGUAGCCGCCGAGGAUUUCAAAGUCUGUGUUCUGCCGGACGUAGUCCACGGCCAUCUCGAACAUGCGCAGAUGCAGGUACGUGACCGGGCUGAACGAUCCGCAUGCUACGAGCACUAUAGGCUGUUUUCGGUCAUCUCGAAGCACGCGGCGGAGGCGGUGAUGUGGGAAGGUGUAGUUUGGGGGGUAGU